AUGCAAUUUUCACCGUUUUACAGGGGACUGUACCCAAGAUCUUGGACCACCUACCGUAUCCCAGAAAUUGGUAUAAUAGUUACAAUUCGACAAGUUUCACCAGUUAUUCCAAAUAAUUAUGAAGAUUCUUCUCUGCCUGUUUGUUUAUUUAUUGUUGAUGUUGAAAAUGUAACAAAUGAUAAAGAAUAUGAAGUUUCGGUUGCUUUUACAUUUCGAAAUGGAACUGGAAAUCGAAGAUGGGAUCGAGAAACUGAAUGCACAGCUGCCAAAUUUACAUCAACUGGAAAUGGUGAACAAAUUAUAAAUGGUGUUGCAUUAUUUCAUUCAAUUUGUUCAAUGCCUUGUACUUAUGGAUUAGCAACAAAUAUUCAAAAUGAUUAUGCAACAACUUCAAUUUGUCAAAGAUUUGAUCCAAGUAAAAGUGGAGCUGGUCUAUGGUUAUCACUUGAACAAACUGGAGAUGUUCCACAUUAUGUUAGUUUGAUUUUCAUUAUAAAUUUGCAUCUCAUUCAUUUUAGGAUGAUGAUUGUGCUGAAAAUAGUCGAGAAAUGGCUGUUGCUGUAUGUAAUCGUUUUAUUUUAUCACCAGAAUCGAAAAAAUCAGUUGAAUAUUCAUUGAGUUGGGAUAUGCCAAAAGUUAGUUUUGGAUCAAUUCAACGAUUUUAUCAAAGAAGAUAUACAAGAUUCUUUGGAUCUUCUGGAGCAGCUGAUAAUCUUUGUAUUCGUGCACUUCGGCGUAGAAAAACGUGGGAAGAAGAAAUUGAAAAAUGGCAAAAUCCCGUGUUAGAUCAUCCAAAAUUACCAGAUUGGUAUAAAUCAGCACUUUUUAAUGAAUUAUAUUUUAUAACUGAUGGUGGAUCGAUUUGGUUUGAAUAUGAUGAAAAAUGGGCAAAUGAUGAAGAACAUUUGAGUGAUUAUACUAAAAAUAUGAUGAAAGAAACUGGAAGAUUUGGAUAUUUAGAAUGUAAGAAUUUUUUUCAAAUUAUAAAGAAAAAAAUUGAUUUUUAGCAUGGGAAUAUCGAAUGGUGAAUACUUAUGAUGUUCAUUUUUAUGCCUCUUAUGCACUUGCUGAACUUUGGCCUGAUUUGGAACUUGCUGUUCAAGCUGAAUUUAGUGAGUUUGAUUAUUGUAGAUCAGAAGAAAAACAAUAACAGAUAAAUUUAAACUACAGUAGAUUUCGCUGAAAUUUUACCGUUUAGUUUUUUGAAAGUCGAAUUUUUGAAUGUAAAUCUAAAAGUUUGAAAAAAAGUUCAUGUUUCCAAUGCGAAGUUUUUUGUAUUUAUUCAUUUUUGAGAAUUUUUACAACAAAAAUUGAAACAAAAAGUGAAAUUAACACUCAGAAAAAAAAAUCAUCGGGUGAUUCAUAAAAACAAAGAAAAUUAUUGGAUAUUUUAAAAUUGAACUUUUCAGCGGAUCAAGUGUAUCAUUCGAUAGACAAACAAAUCCGUUUUCAUAUGGAAGGAGAUUGGGCGAAUAUAAAAACUGCGAGCCGAGUUCCACACGAUUUGGGAAAUCCAGCUGACGAACCAUGGCUGGCUACAAAUGCUUAUGUAAUGCAUGAUACUGGAAAAUGGAAAGAUUUGAAUAUGAAAUAUGUUUUGACUUCAUGGCGAGAUUAUAUUGCAUUAUCAAAUAAACAUGAAGAAUUCUUACAACAUACUUGGACUGCAGUUAAAGUAAUAGCAAAAUAUUUGGAAUUUAUAUUAAUUUUAAUUUUUCAGGUUAUAAUGACAGAAGCACUUGAACAAUGGGAUAAAGAUAAUGAUGGAAUGAUUGAGAAUUUUGGAAAAGCUGAUCAGACAUAUGAUGCGUGGCAAAUGGAAGGAGUUAGUGCUUAUUGUGGAUCACUUUGGCUAGCUUCUCUUCGAGUUGCAAUUGAAAUGUCGAAAAUUGUUGAAGAUUUUGAAACUAGUAAAUUAUUAAAUGAAACACUCGAAAAAGCAAAACAAGUAUUUAUUGAUAAAUUAUGGACUGGAACUUAUUUCCGAUUUUGUGAAAAAUCGCGAAGUCGAGAAACUUGUAUGGCUGAUCAAUUAUGCGGUUAUUGGUUUCUUCAAAGUGUUUCACCUGAAUUAACUGAAGAUUUAAUACCAAAACAUAUGAUUGAAUCAUCACUUUGGACAAUAUAUGAAUUAAAUGUUUGUAAAUUUGGAAAUGGAGAAAUGGGUGCUGUAAAUGGAAUGAAACCAAAUGGAAUUGUUGAUCGAGAAUAUAUUCAAGCAGAUGAAAUGUGGACUGGUGUUACUUAUGCUGUUGCAUCAUUUUUGAUACAACAAAAUGAAAUUGAAAAAGGUUUCAAAACAGCUUCUGGUUGUUAUUUAACAUGUUUUGAAAGACUUGGAUUACAAUAUCAAACACCUGAAGCAAUUUAUGAAACAAAAUUUUAUCGAGCAAUUGGAUAUAUGCGACCACUUUCAAUUUGGGCAAUGCAAUGGUCAUUGAAAAAACAUUGCCGAUUUAAUACUGAUUCGGAAAAUCUGGAACCUGUUAAAAAAGGUAAUGUGUUUUAUUUUUAGAUUUCUCUUUAAAAUUUACAACUUCAUUUCUUUCAGUUUUACCUCAUUUAUUGCCAAAUGGCGGAGAAGCAUCAAAAAGUAGCGAAGAUAAUGUUAGUCUUGGAUAUGUUAGCGAUUUCCAAGAAAUUCAAACACAUCAAUAAUCAUUUUAUAUAUUUAAAAAUUACUAAUCUGGUGCAAAUAUUUUCUCUUAUUUUUUUUUUCUUUUUCAUCGAAAAGUUGAAAAAUCUCGCAUUUACUAAUAACUUUGUUUGUCUUGUGAAUAGUACGGUUAUGACUAGAAAUUAUUACCUUUCUCUUUUUUGCAAUAAAGAUUCUUACUAUUCUUAUCAUUCAACAUUUUAUUGUUUUUAGUUUUUUCUGGGUUUUAAGGACCUAUUUUCCAAUAUUUGAAGUGUUUUGAGAAAAUAUAAAGUGGUUAAGCCCUCGGAAAAAAGAAAACUACACUCAAUUUUUGAACUUAUUGAAAUUUGAGAAGUUUUAUGAUCAUAUGAAUAAUUCAAUAGUUGAGGGUCAUAUGAAAGAAAUUGCAACAUUGUGCAAAUAAAGACAAAACAUACUUGAAUGAUAAUUUGAAAACACAAACAUCAAAAAACUUUUUUUAAAAAAAUUGGAAAAAAUGUUCUUCAGAUGCUCCGUCAAAUGCUCAAAAUUCGUUUUUCGCCAAUAAUUCGUAAUCAUUCUGGUGCAGGCUGUUGUGGUGGAAAUCAUGAACAAUCAGCUGCCGAAAAAUUGAUGAGUGAAUUAUUGGAAAAAGGAAUUGGAGGAUGCACAAAAGUUAAAGUACACGAUGUUUCAAGUUAGUCAAAACAUUUUAUCAACAGAAAAAAAACAAUAAUUUUGCAGAUGGAUGUGGUUCAAUGUUUGAUGUGACUGUCGAAGCAACAAGUUUUACGGGAAAAUCAAAAGUUGCUCAACAUAAAUUAGUAACAGGAAUUCUUCGAGAUCAAAUCAAAGAUAUGCAUGGAUUAACUAUUCGUACAAAAGCUGCAUAA